CGCUGCUUCUGUUCGUGGUAUAUUCUGUGAUGAGAGAGAUAUAACGAAGUGCGCUUGUAAAUUAGCACUGUUGCAGACGUGUUUGAUUUUUUGUCAACGCAAAAGAUUAUUAUGUUAAUAUUCUUCCAAUCUACUGGUGAAAAGUGUCCAUUUCGUACUUGAACUUUCAGAACAUUAUUUUUAAAUGUUAUUUGUUCUCAGUGCUAUGCUAUAUUUUCGACAUUUAUUAUACCAUCCGUAUAUAAACGACCUGUUUGAAUUUUUAUUUUGAUCAGUGAUUAGAGGAUUUUUAUAAAGACAUUUCACUGGUAAUAAAAAUAACCGAGUAAAAUGCCUUGGGUAAUUUUUAACUGAAGUUUUCAGGUGCUAUACACUAUACUUCGAAUGACGUUUUUAUGAAGAAGCGCUUACUCAAAGUGAUAAAUGCUUUAUCUUAUGACCAUAACCUAUUUUACAACCUUUCUUGUAUCGGGAGUUGAAAACUAAAACGUUCGUCACGCUUCAGGGCGUGUUAAACGAGUCUGUUUGUUACUCGCUUAUCGUGAAUAUACGUGAUUAUCUUGCAGUGACGUCAUGAUAACUAACGAAAACGGUUAUCUUCUUACGAGUUGCCAUUCCGUAUAGAAACGAAGGUUAAUGUAACUAAUACUGAAUCAUAAGUUUCUACAAAAACACAGGAAAGACGAAAAGGGUCAUUAUGAGCUUCGAGUGUGUUUGUGCGAAUAGCAGACCGUGUUCUCUGUCUUUCACGGAGUCCAACAGUUCCAGGUGUACCGUGGAUACACCACGACCGGCUAGAGAGUUCAGUGGACUCAUUUCUGAAGGCUCUUCGACACUAGCUGUACUACAUCCUUCUCUUUCAAGUCCAACUCUAAAAACAGGCAUUGCUGGGAAAAAUACGCUUCACUGCAAGAGAUGCCGCCAAAUUAAAUCAAUGGACACUCAUCCUGAACACCCAUCUUGUAGUGGAAGAACGUGUAUCUCUGGACAUCAGGGUUCAAGUAUGGGUUAUAUUCCCACAUGUGGUUCACCUCUUCACUCAUACGCAGGGACGAAAUUAAAACUUUUACAUGAAACUGACGUACUCCUGUGUAAAGUGUUUCAUUCUAGGAAUGUGGUUCACAAGUUCCUUGGUUCGAAAUUUCUGCGCAAAUGGGAAAAUCACCAUCUGUUCUUCACUGACUCUGAAAUCAUUUCAAGAAGUCCUAGCGGUUUUAUGGAAAAUCCCAUUUUUUACUCCCAGAUUGAGGAGAUCUAUUGUCUUCCCAACUGGACGUCUUCGCGGAAGAUAUGCAUUAGAUUAGUGAUUCCAGAAGGUUCUAUUGUAGUACAGGUCAACAACCCUUACAUGCGAGAACAGUGGCUACACUCUUUAUAUUGGAAGCGAACCAUGUUACGUCACCGGAUGUUGCUCAGCCGCACCGAGAGAUAUGAUGUUCUAAUAAAGGAGUUAAAGAGUCUUGUUGAUCUUGCUUUGUCCACACCACUCCAAGGUGAAAAUAUUUUUCAGAUCCCACUUGAUAUUAUUUCAAAUAUUGUGACAAAGGAACAAAGCUGGAAAACAUGUUCUUCAAGAGAAACUGUGAUCAGCAUCAUAGCACCUUUAUUGGAACGAAUUAGUGCAUCUGCUGAAAUCUGUGACUUCCUCUGUCGGCACUGCAAAGAAAGUCCCCGUUCUUACGUCAUCGUGGAAGUGCUGCCACCUAUUAUCCAACGAAUACUUAAGCACACUAUGGAUUUUGGAAAGCAUCCAAAUAGUCGACUUCUUGUCCAAUCAUACAUCCAGGCCAUAAAUGAGAAAAAUGACGGUAUUAAUGCUGUUAAAGAUUUUGUUCGAAGUGUUCAUGGUCCAGUAAGCUCGUGUCCACAUCCUCGACUCAUGCCCAACUUGGUCUCCACAUCUCUCGCGGCACUGUAUUCUUUGUUUGAAGAGAAAAAACGGUCCCAAGGAGAGAACCUCAACAUAACACCGUACGACACAUCAACGUGGGAAUCUCGGCAUCUUUGUUUCCUUACAAUUUUCCAAACAAUUGUUUCAUUUGAAGACUGGAGACCUGGUUUGGCGCAACUGUUACAGCCUAUACCCUUCCCUCACGAUGCCCUGGCAUAUGCACAGUUCACAAAAAAUUUUAAGCUUGUUAUCGAGAGCAUUUGUAAAGACCCUAGAUGUGAAGUUCAUCUGGCACUUUUAGGGAUCCGUGAUGAUAAAGAUGGUUGGUUUCAACUUUACUGCCCAGGGAGUAUAGCGUGUGAUGAUGAAGGUGAUCUCUGGAGCCUUAUAUUAAAGCAAUUUCUUGAAUGUUGCUGUCGAAGAAAAAGAUUUCUUCAAAGCUUAAGCAAGAACUUAGGACCAUGUAUGCUCAGAGCCCUGCGCGAGGAUGAAACAUGUCAACAAAUAUUGUGUGCAAUGAUGGAAUUUCAAAUCAUAGAGAAUAAGGAUGUACAGCUUCAGAUUAUCUCAACCCUUCAGAGUACAUCCACAGGCAGAGAACAUUAUGCUGCCCUUUGUCAGAAACAGAUGCACUUACAAGAACUUCAACAAAAAGGAGGGCCACGAAAACUUGCUCUUCCACCAAAAUCCACUGACAAUGAUCUUAGUCAACUGCUGAGCUGUGGUUCAUUUGGAAACCUAGAGUGCUUGUCUCUUGCUUUUACCAACAUCACUUGUACCAGUGCUGAACAAUUAAUAAAGCUGCCUUCCUUACGCUACCUCAAUCUCUGGUCUACUCAAUUUGGUGAUUCAGGUGUCAUGUUAAUCUCAGAACAUCUUCACAAUCUUGAAGUGCUAAACUUGUGUGAAACCCAAGUUACAGACAAAGGAUUAACUGCAUUAUUUACUCUGAAAAAUCUACGGAAACUAAACUUAAACAGUACCUCUUUGUCCUCCCACACAUUUGAAUGGUUGAAGGUGAAAAAAACUUCCAACAUUAGAAGAAUGUGAUGUCAGAUACACUGAUGCUUGGUAGUAUCAACCCACAUAGGUGUACGUGAAGAAAAUACAUUGCACGUUACAUUCUCAAUCAAUUGUUAAGUCUGGAAAACAGGACCAUUGUUACAGAAACAUUACAAACUAAUGAACCUGAUUAUUUCAAUACAGAAACCAUUAGGAUGAACAUCCUUUAGUAUAUUACCAAUGUUUCCAUGACCACUGUUUAACAACAGGCAUUAUGUGUACAUCCAUAUAAUCGUGACAGCAAAAUCUGUUGCUCAUGUUGCUGUCCUAUCUAAUGUGAUACAGAUGAGAGACAAGAAAAGGAAAAAAUUCUUAUAAUACCUAAGCUCAGUUAUCACCAAAUUAACAAAACCUGUACCUGUUUAAAACAGUGCCUAACUGCAUUGAAACAGUGAUAAAAAAAAACCUUUGUUGCAUGUCAUAUUAUGUUGGUUACUAUGCUUUAUAUAAUGGAGGGGGAAAGAAACUUCUGGUAAGGUAUUUUCACCCUGAAGCAAACUAUUUCCUUACUCAUCAUCUAUAAAAAUAUCACAUCUUAAACCAUGUGGCUUAUAUUUCUUACAAUAAGCUGCACAGUAAAUGCCUAAUAAGAUGGCAAUAUUAUUCUAACAGAAAGUGUUAUAUUUGUUUUUGUAAUUCAGAAUUAGUACUGUGAUAUUUUUUGUUUACAAGAUGGAAUCUAUGAAAACUAAGAAGAAAAUAAUUCAUUGUUCUUUUUUUUUUAUCCUUGUUAAACUUGUAUAGAACUACGUUGUAAAUAUAGCCAUCUUUUGCUGAAGUACAUGUACAGACAACCUUUUUCUUCCAUGAGAUCAUAAAGUUUUCUCAACAGAUAUUUCCAUAUUGAUGCAUUGUGUAAAUGUUACACGAGUUUGGAAAGCCAAACAAUUAAUUAGGUUAAUGCUAGGCAUAUUUAACACUUGUGACAAUGUAUAAUGAUCCCAUAAUAUCCCUGUAAAAAAAGUAUAAGUUUUUCUUUGGUGCUCAAAAAAAAGAUGGAUUUCAUAUUGUAAAACCUUUAUAAACCUGAAAGAGCUUUUUUCAUUUUUGUUUUUUUAUAAAAUGAAGUCUGUAAGUAAUCCUUAAUGUUUUCUUCUGAGCUUCUACUGAGUAAAUAAAGAUUUUGUCUGAGA